CUCUGCUAGUAUUAUUAUCUUCUUGCUGAUUAUAUCUAUAAAUUAAGUCAAGAACUUCAACAUAUUUACAUGUAUAAAUAUAUAUAUGUAUGUUAAAAUAUAUUGUUUAAAACUGACAAGUGUACAUGCAGUUAUUAUUCAUGUUUAUAAAUAAAUAUAAUAUUCGAAUACUUUGAAAGUUUAAAAUUUUUAUAUGCUUUAAUUGUUAAUGUAAAGAUUAAUUGAAAAUCAAAGAUUCGACAGCGACCUUUACACCUCUAUUAACAUAAUGUUGACCUUUGACUGCAAUGAAAUUGAUAUAUUUUUACAAAUACAUUGUUAAAGUAAUUUCACGAAACGUCGUAAUAAUAGUUUCACGCUAAUUUAGUUGGCAGCGCAUAUUUCUGCGCUUUGGAAGAAAGAAAAUCUGUCGGUCAAAUAUUCUUAUUAAUAUUAAAUGACGAUACGUACAUGUCUGAAAUGUUAUAGAAUUCAAUUACUCCGAUAUCAUAAAUAUUCUUUUCAUAUUCACUUUUAGUGCAUUUUUGCAUUACUCCUGACAUUGACAACUAUGUUACUUCAAAAAUGUUUUUUUGGCAAAUUGUUCAAUAUAUCCCGAUUAUAGAUUAAUUAUAUUCUACUGUGGAUCUCGUCGUAAAAUAUGGAUAACGUAACAGGAAUAAUACGUGCCAUAUAUCGAGGGUUUGUGGAUAGCUUGAGAGGUGCUAUUGUUCUAUUUUAUAUGGAUAAACGUAUUAAUGAAAAAUUAUUUAAACAACCCUCUUCUAAAGAAAUCCAUGGAAAGGACAUAGUUGUUGCAACGCAUUCUUCAAAACAUUUCAAUCAGUUAAGAGAAUCAAAAGUGUUAAAACGAACAAUUCAAUGUUGCGCUUUGAAUGGUGGUGUAUUUUGGGCUAGUAUAUUAAUCUUUGAGUGUGGUUUACUCCCAUUUUUCAAGUACUUAUUGACUAUUAUAUUCGGUCAUUCACCGGGUAUGGGUAUGACUGUGUGGUCUUGGAUGAAACCAUUUCUGUCAUUAACUUUUGGCACUGUAUGGGUGCUACCACUAUUUGUGCUCAGUAGGAUAGUCAACAGUUUAUGGUUUCAGGACAUAGCGGACAGUGCUUAUAGGUAUAGACAAGGAAGGCCGUUACUUUUAUCCAGUGUGAGCAAGCUUGUAGCAGACACGCUUUUCAGUAUAUUGGUUCAAGCAUUAUUUUUGGGUCAAGGCAUGUUGGUAUCCAGAAUUCCAUUACCUCUUGUAGGUGACAUACUUGCCCUUAUACAUAUGUGCCUUUUAUAUGCUCUCUAUGCUUUUGAAUACAAAUGGUUCAAUAUGGGUUGGGAGUUACAUAGACGAUUAAGUUUUAUAGAAAAUAACUGGCCAUAUUUUGUGGGUUUUGGUCUGCCAUUAGCAGUACUUACCCAAAUGCCCAGUUCAUAUGUAAUAAGUGACUGUCCAUUAAAAUUAUUUUCUCCUGUAAUUGCUAUUGCAAACACACUCUUUAAUAAAACAAUUGGACCUACAAAUAGACGGUGACAGAAGAGAAUAUAACAAAUUUCUAUGGGAUAAUAAAUAUGUAGUGAUAAAUUGUUUCCUUUUUCACACGUUUUGUUAUUUUUCGUUAGUUAUAUGCUUAAUUAAUGUUCUUACGUUAAAUUUUACGUUCUUAGAACGACUGUGAAUGCGAUUUAGAUUUUAUUCAUUUUCUACAACAAUGAAAAGAAAAUUUUAGGUGUAAUCUACGUACAGUUAGUACGUAGCGUUAUUUGUAUAUAGAAAUGCAUUCAUAAACUAUGUAUGUAGAUAUGCAGAAACAAAUUACAGUGAGGAAUAUUUGUAAAUAUUACUCAAUAACAUUUAAAAAAAUCAGAAUGUUCCUUACUGUAUUACAGGAGAUCAAAAGUUACUGGAAGUUUUAUACAUUUUUAUUAUUACUAUUAAAAUAUGAAAAAAAUAAUAUGCUUUGAUAAACUAAUUGCAUAAAAUUCCUAACACUUUUUAUAAAUCAUACAAUUAAAAACAAAAAUGUAAAUAUAGUUGCCUAAAUAUUUGCACAACUAAAAAUAAUUUUUUUUGUGAAAAAUUGAUACAUAUUUAUAUUUAUAUAUAGUUAUUCAUUCAAUUCAGAUUUGUCAAAAUGUGUUACUUUAUACAAUGUAAUAAACUU